AUGAAAGCACUCAAACUCGCCUACGACAAAGUUGUCAAUUACUUUGAUGAGCUUGAUGUAGAUAUCUCCUACUUUGUCGAAAACUUUGUCCCACCAGACCAGCAAAUCAAGAAUCAGGGACCGAUUGACCAAGAUUAAAUAGACAAGAUGCUUAAGAAGCAAAGAAAAUAACUUCCUAAGAAAAAGAGGCAGAGGAGAUUUGAGGAGAGUGCAUUGCUCGAAAAUAGCCAGAUAUAACCUGAUUCAUCAGAUUAAUAGCAGAAUCAAAGCUUAGAGGAUAAAGUCAAUGAGGAGUAGCUACAGCUCCUAGAGUCAAUUAUGAACGAUUCGCAUACUAAUACCAGAGACACAAGAACAACGAGAGACACAAAUGAAAGCACAGUCGAAAAUUCUCAUUUCAUAAAUGAUUCUAGUAGGAUGAGUAGUAAAGCCAAGAAAAUUAAGAAGCUAUUUAACGUUGAAAGAGUAUCAAAGGCUAAAGAUCAGUAUAGCAUAGCUGAAAGUAAUUAGUAAAUGUAAUAAAUCCAAGAAUUGGAAGAGGAAAAGGAUAAUAUCUGGCUUGUAACUCAAUAAGACUGGAAUACCAAGCUAGGAAGAAGGUCGUAAGUAUAUCAAGAAGAUUUGACCAUCGCUGAAAUGUAGAAGCAAAUCUAAUAAGAUAAAGUAUUGAAAGAACUCAAACUCAAGUAAUAGAGGAUGCAAGAAGAGAAGAAGAAAAGGCAGAGGGAAGAAAGAAAGUAAUAGAUUCAAGAAGUUGAAAGGCUGCUAUUAGAAUCUGACAAUGAGACUGCUUAUCCAACAUUAAACAAGAUUCCUGGAUCGCCAUUUGCCUAGAUCCCUAAGAAGGUCCUUGCUAUUGCCAGUGAAAAAGCAAACGAUAUCUAUGAUACAGUUCAUAUGUAUUACUUAUGCAGCUGGCACUAAGAUUAUCAGGGGACCUUCUACACUCCUAGUCUCGUCCCCUCAUUUCUGCUGAAGGUGUUAGACUAAGAACAGUUGAUUAUAAACUUUUACCAAGCCUCCAAUAGACUAAACUCAAUGAAAGAGAGAUUUUAUAAGGAGGAUAAUGAAGCUUAAUGA